AUGGAUACCAACUCGACAUCAUCAUCGAUUAUAGUUCGUUCAUAUCAACGAUCAGAUUUAUCUGCAUGCCAUGAACUAUUUACUGAAGCUCAUCGUGGAUAUAAUAAUCCAAUGUCUUAUAUUAACAGUCAUCUACAAGGAGAUAUGGCUGAUAUUGAAAAGAAUUAUCUUCAAAUUCCAGGUGGACAUUGGUGGGUAGCUGUUUCAACUGAGGAUAAUCGUAUUGUUGGACAAGUAGCUGCUUUACCAAUGCAUUUGGGUGAUUCAGAGUAUUAUUCUCGAGCACCUGAAGAACAACGUGAUCAGACAUGUGAAUUACUUCGAAUGGGUGUUAAACAAGAUGUUCAAAGACUAGGAGUCGGAAAGAAACUAAUUUCAACUUUGAUUAAUUUUGCUCGUGAAAAUGGAUAUCGACAAAUUCAUGUAACUACUUUAACAUGUAUGGAUAAAGCAAAUGGUUUCUACCAAAGAAACGGUUUCAUAAAAGGUCAUAUACAGAAAAAAUCGCUCAGUAAUACACCUGAAAACACGAAUGAUGAAAAUAAAUCGGUCAAUAAUCAACCAACAGAUACCAUUUUCGAGGUGGGUGCUAUUAUAUCAGAUGAAGAUCAACGUUUGAUGAAAUUACUAGUUAUGGAAUCAAAAUUUAUCUACAUUCAACAUUAUCAUCUUCCAAUAUAA